UGAUUAAGCGCUGACUACGUAUAAUCUACUCUGUCUCUGCAUCAAACCUCAUACGGAUCGAAGUUCCGAGGAACAUGUCUUCUGCCUAACCAUGAUGCCUCAACCACUGACGCAACUUCGAACCCCUUUUGUGUCUUUAACUUCUCGUUUUCUAUAAUAACCAUUCCCACGCUUCUGCUUUGUCAAAGUUUUUACUUUCCCAUUCGACACUCUGAAACAGACAUCAUUUCUUCCACCUAAACCUCUUUGUCUCAGUUCUCAGAUUUGAGCAAUUGUUGUCGAUUUCCGCUGUUUCACUCUUUACAUUUUCAUUUGUUGGACCGAUAGACUUAGAUCAGAUUCGUUUUAGAAGCAGGGUGGUGGUAGUUCGAAGAGCUUAAAUCGAUCAUUGAAUUGCAAAAAAUUCGUUUUUUGGAUUGAAGUAUGGCCAUAGCUCGGUUGGUUCGGCAAGCGAAACGCCCUCAUGGAUUGUGGGUGAAGAUGGCAGCUGUGACUGUAAUGGGUCUCUGUUUCAUCUUUGUGUGGGGAGUAUUUUCUUCUUCUUCUUCCUCUGUCACUUCCCAAAGGGAGAGUUUUGAGGACAUUGCGGAACCCGUGUCUUCUUCUUCUUCUCACAAGCCGCAAAAGUUGAGAGAUGAAUCUAAAAAGGGUGGUGAGAGUGAGAAAAAGAGUAAGAGUAACGGUAAUGGGUCUUCUCACUCUUCUGCCACGCGUCCUCACUCUGAACAACACAAGGGAAAGGACAACAAGAAAGAGAAGAAACACGUGCAGCAUAAGGAGGACAAGGAGAAAGGGAAUCAUCAAGGGUCAGAGGAGCCUCAACCCCAACAUGGCCAGGAAGAGAAAGAGAAAGAGAACGUGAAAGAGGAGGUGGAGGGUGAAGAAGAGAAAGUGGAUCAUGAGAGUGAUGUGGAUGUGGAUGUGGAUGCUGAUGGUGGCAGUGAUUUGUCUGAAUCCGUGGAUAAGGAUGAUUCCAAGGUGGUGGAAGAUGCGGAGGAGUUGAGAAAAAAAAGCAAGGUAAAAGUGAAAGGACCCUUGUUUGAUCCAAAUGCUAGCUAUAGCUGGAAAUUGUGUAGUUCUAGAAGCAAGCAUAAUUACAUUCCCUGCAUUGAUAUUGAAGUUGGUGGUGGUAAAGUAACAAGCUACCGGCAUACAGAGAGGAGUUGUCCUAGGACACCUCUUAUGUGUCUGGUUCCUCUUCCUCAUGAAGGGUAUGGAUCUCCACUGCCUUGGCCUGAGAGCAAAUUGAAGAUAUUGUAUAAGAAUGUUGCACACCCGAAACUAGCUGCUUACAUAAAGAGACAUAAUUGGUUGAUGGAGUCUGAAGAGUAUCUUACAUUUCCCCAAAACCAAUCCGAGUUCAAGGGAGGGAUUCAUCACUACCUUGAGUCCAUUGAAGAGAUGGUACCAGACAUUGAAUGGGGUAAAAACAUUCGUGUUGUCCUGGACAUUGGAUGUACAGAUUCGAGCUUUGCAGCUGCUCUUCUUGAUAAGGAUGUUUUAACAUUAUCACUAGGAUUGAAGAAUGAUCUAGUGGACUUGGCUCAGGUGGCGCUUGAACGGGGUUUUCCAGCAGUGAUUAGUCCUUUCAAUAGAAGGAGACUUCCUUUUCCAAGUCAAGUUUUUGAUGCUAUACAUUGUGCAGGUUGCAGCAUACCUUGGCAUUCCAAUGGUGGAAAACUUCUAUUGGAGAUGAAUAGGAUUUUAAGACCCGGUGGAUACUUUAUUAUGUCAACCAAACAUGACAGCAUUGAAGAAGAAGAAGCCAUGACAACAUUGACUGCAUCUAUUUGUUGGAAUGUUCUGGCUCACAAAAGUGAUGAUGUUGGAGAAGUUGGAGUUAAAAUAUAUCAGAAGCCUGAAGGAAACGACAUAUACGAACUGAGGAGGAAGAAAAUUCCACCACUUUGCAAAGAAAAUGAAAAUCCUGAUGCAGUUUGGUAUGUUCCCAUGAAGACAUGUUUGCACCCUAUUCCAUCUGGAAUUGAACAACAUGGGGCAGAAUGGCCUGAGGAAUGGCCCAAGAGGCUUGAAACCUAUCCUGAUUGGGUGAACAACAAAGAGAAAGUGGUUGCAGACACCAAUCACUGGAAUGCUGUUGUUAAUAAGUCAUAUAUCAGUGGAUUAGGCAUUAACUGGACAAGUAUUCGGAAUGUAAUGGACAUGAAAUCCAUCUAUGGAGGAUUGGCUGUAGCUCUCUCUCAACAAAAGGUCUGGGUGAUGAAUGUAGUGCCUGUCCAUGCACCUGAUACACUUCCCAUCAUUUUUGAACGUGGGCUUGUUGGUAUGUACCAUGAUUGGUGUGAGUCAUUUGGCACUUAUCCAAGAACAUAUGACCUUCUGCAUGCUGAUCAUUUGUUCUCACGGCUCAAAAACAGGUGCAAGCAGCCUGUGUCCAUUGUUGUUGAGAUGGACCGUAUAACAAGGCCAGGAGGUUGGACAAUCAUACGUGACAAAGUUGAAAUUCUAAAUCCAUUGGAAGAAAUAUUGAAAAGCAUGCAGUGGGAGAUUAGGAUGACUUUUGCUCAGGAUAAGGAGGGUAUCUUGUGUGCACAGAAAACUUUCUGGAGGCCUAUUCCAUUACUACACAUUUUCUCUCACAAAUCUUCAUUUUCUACUGCAACAAUGUCGAUAUCAAAUUCGCUAUCCUCAGUUCCCGCGCGUCUCACACUUCUCGCUCUCUUCUCCGCCACCACCUUUUACUGUCUCUACAAAUCUCGUCGUUUAAGAUACCUCAAACUAUCCUUAAACCCUAACCCUAAACCUAAACCUAAGAUCAUAUUCCUCUCAGAAACCGGAACCAGCAAAACCCUCGCUCUACGCCUCCACCGUCUCCUCGCCUCUAACGGCGUCGCAUUCGACGUCGUCGAUUCGCGGCACUACGAGCCCGAGGAUCUUCCCAAGGAGACGCUUCUCAUNCUCGUUGCCUCCACGUGGCAGGACGGCGCACCGCCGGAUGCCUCCCGCUUCUUCGCCACGUGGCUCGCCGAAGCCUCCGCGGAUUUUCGCGCCGGCUCCCUUCUCCUCUCGAGCUGCCGUGUGGCCGUCUUUGGCGUCGGGAGCCGAGCCUACGGCGAAUCCUUCAACGCCGUCGCGAAGGGCCUCGCGACGCACCUGAGGGCGCUAGGNGCCAAGGAGGUGGUUCCGCUUUGCGAGGGGGAUGUUGACGGUGGUGACCUGGACAAGGUUUUCGAUCGGUGGUGUGAGAAGGUUCUGGCCGUUUUGAAAGGAGGUGGUGUUNCGGAAUGCGAUGAUGGUGAUGGUGGUGGUGCUCUGGAUUAUGGCGUCUAUUCGAGUUCCGAAGAGGAGUCUGAUGUGGAGAGUGAGAUUGUUGAUCUUGAGGACAUUGCUGGUAAAGCUCCUUCACGGCGGAAGACAUUGGCUAGUGGGGAAGAGAGUAAUGGGAAAUUGAGUGGCAGAAAGGAAAUGGUGACUCCGGUGAUUCGAGCAAAUUUAGUGAAGCAGGGGUAUAAAAUCAUUGGGUCGCAUAGCGGUGUCAAGAUUUGUAGAUGGACAAAGGCGCAGCUUCGUGGUCGAGGUGGUUGCUAUAAGCACUCGUUUUAUGGAAUCGAGAGUCACAGAUGCAUGGAGGCAACCCCUAGCUUGGCAUGUGCAAAUAAAUGUGUUUUCUGCUGGAGGCAUCACACAAAUCCAGUAGGGAAAAGUUGGCAAUGGGAGAUGGAUGAUCCGGUAGAGAUAGUAAAUUCUGCAGUAGACCUCCACACAAAUAUGGUUAAACAAAUGAAAGGAGUUCCUGGAGUCACCUUGGAGCGAUUAAAUGAAGGUCUCUCACCUCGUCAUUGUGCAUUAUCUCUUGUUGGUGAACCUAUAAUGUAUCCAGAGAUAAAUGCACUUGUGGAUGAGCUGCACAAAAGGAGGAUUUCCACUUUUCUAGUUACAAAUGCACAAUUUCCUGAGAAAAUUAAAUCGCUGAAACCUAUUACCCAGUUAUAUGUCAGUGUAGAUGCUGCAACAAAGGACUCUUUGAAGGCAAUUGAUAGACCACUAUUUGGCGAUUUCUGGGAGAGAUUCAUUGAUUCCUUGACUGCUUUAAGGGAAAAACAUCAGCGAACUGUAUACCGCCUGACCCUGGUGAAAGGUUGGAAUACUGAAGAUGUUGAUGCUUAUUCUAAGCUCUUUAGUAUAGGAGAUCCUGACUUUGUUGAAAUCAAGGGAGUUACGUAUUGUGGCACGUCCACUACAUCAAAAAUCACAAUGGAAAAUGUCCCUUGGCAUGCUGAUGUGAAAGCUUUUUCAGAGGCCCUAGCUUUGAAAAGUCAAGGAGAGUACGAAGUUGCAUGUGAGCAUGCUCACUCGUGCUGUGUCCUCUUAGCAAAAACCAACAAGUUCAAAAUCGAUGGCCGGUGGUAUACAUGGAUAGACUAUGAAAAAUUUCAUGAUCUGGUGGCAUCUGGAAAAACUUUUGACAGCAGAGAUUACAUGACUGCCACACCAUCCUGGGCCAUCUAUGGAUCCAAGGAAGGUGGAUUUGAUCCAGGGCAAUUGAGAUAUAAGAAAGAGAGACAUCACAAGUCGAGCCACAAUCAAUCAGGUUAGACAUUUAAGUGCUUUUGGCCACUGACAUUCAUUUUCCCGUUGAUCUUUCUUCUUCAGUGUAUAACCUAUUAGGUUAUACAACAUACUUCAAUAGGAUAGUUUUGUAAUACAUGGCUUCAUACAUAGGCUAGUACCAUUUCAGUGUAUUUAAGCCGUUAAGCUCCCAAGUUUUCCCAAUUGCAAGUUGAAAGGAUAUUAUAUUUUUCGUAAUUACCUCAAAUUUUGGAUGUCAAUGUUGUAGUUGCAGAAGCAACUUGUUUUUGAGAUUGAGAUCUGUAAAAUAUGUUUGAAGUUUUGCUGUACAAAGCAUUGCUUAGUGUUGCUCUGUUGCAAUAUUUUGGCAAACUCUUUUAGUUAUAUAGCCAUAUCAGGAGAGGAAGAUUAUAGGUGGAAAUAUUAUAAUGCAAUGCAAACAUGUAGACUGUGCAAA